CAUCCACUGGUUGUAAAUCGAUGGCGCUGUGACUCCCUAAUGACUCGCUUCUAGAAGCGACAUUUCUCCGCUUUCUUCUUCUUCUUCUUCUUCUUCUUCCCCCUCUCUCUCUUUUCCACAAAUUUCUCCCUCUGUAGAUUUCGGACACCCAAAUUCAUAUUCAGCAGCAUUUUCAUGGGGUCUAUGCUCGGUGACCUGCCGUCAUAUGACCCUCAUAACUUCAGCCAACUCCGACCCUCCGAUCCUUCAACUCCUUCUAAGAUGAUUCCUGCAACCUAUCAUCCCACCCACAGUAGGACUCUUCCACCACCAGAUCAGGUUAUAAAUACUGAGGCUAAAAAUAUACUUAUACGACAUAUUUAUCAGCAUACAGGAGAAAAGUCAAGGACAAAGAGACCUGCAGCCGAGCAUCCGGUGCCCGAGCACGGAAGCAAGCAACCAAGAGCGUCUACUACCAACACUUCAAAUUGAGCUCAGGAGGACAUAUUCUUCCAACAAUGUAAAAUCUAUUCUAUGUUGUGAAAGAUGUGUCAUGUCCUGUAUAAUGAGAGCAGAUUGUCUGCUCAAAGAAGAGACAGCUCGGCUCGAUAUUUUAAUGUUGUAUAUAGAUUUUACUCCUAGUGAAAUUGUCACAAACUCAGCCACCAAAUUGUCCUCACAAUCAUUGAAUUGUAACUAUAUGAGUGUGUUUCCAAACAAUGGUUAGCAAAUUAUCACUUAUGGCCUUC